AUGCAUAUACAUCGAAUUAAUUAUCACGCUGGUCCACGUGCACUUGUUGCUCUCAUACAACAACAAUUUUGGAUUACAAAUUGCCGAUCAUUGGCUCGAACAGUGGUAAACCAGUGCACACACUGCUUCCGUUACAAACCUAGAUUAUCAACGCAAAUAAUGGGCAAUCUACCGGCAGAUCGGGUAACAGCAAAUAGACCAUUUACAUUUACAGGAAUUGAUUUUGCCGGACCGAUCCCAACGUAUCUUAAGAUCCGGGGAAAGGUCCCAUAUAAAUCAUACAUCGCUGUAUUCAUUUGUUUUCCUUCGAAGGCUGUGCAUCUUGAAGCAGUUUCCGGCCUAUCGAGUGAUGCGUUCAUUGCUGCCUUAAAACGUUUCAUUAGUCGACGUGGCAUACCAACAAAAAUUUAUUGUGAUAAUGCCACUAAUUUUGUAGGCGCGGAGAAAAAGCUGAAAGAGUUUCAGCAUGAUUUUUAUGAUGCAAAUUACAUAUCAAAUAUUAAUAAUUUUUGCAUAUCUAAUGCCAUUCAAUUUUGCUUCAUUCCUCCUAGAGCUCCGCAUUUUGGGGGACUGUGGGAGGCGGCAGUUAAAAUAGCCAAAUCACAUCUGUUCCGGACGUUGCAUGGGACAAAAAUGACGUUUGAGGAGUUGACAACUGCUUUAGCGGAGAUAGAAGCAGUCAUGAAUUCACGUCCUCUCAGUGCGGCAUCUACUGAUCCCAAUGACUUGGAAGUCCUUACUCCUGGUCAUUUUCUCAUUGGAUGUCCGCUCAGAAGCUUGCCUGAGCGUGCUCAAUUAGAAAAUGACAUAUCAAAUAUUCAAAGAUGGCAUCGGAUAACGGCAGCAAAAGGAGCAUUUUGGAAACGACGGCAACAUAAGUAUAUAAAGGAAUUACAACAGCGAUACCGGUGGAAAAAGCCAAACGAUAACGUUCAAAUAGGCGAUUUAGUAUUGAUUGCUGAAGACAAUUUACCGCCGAUGCAUUGGUUAACAGGCCGAGUAGUAAAGGUUAAUUCCGGGUCUGACGGACACGUACGUGUGGCAGAUGUUCAGACUCAGCAUGCAGUGUUUCGGCGGCCAAUUACGAAGCUAGCUGUAUUACCAAUUAAUUGA